AUGGAGGACGUCAAUCAGGGCUCGGUGCCCAUCAACCUCAUCAAGGGCGGCUUUUUACUACUCAUCGCAUGUAUCCCCACCGCAUUCAUCAUGCUCGCGACUCCAAAGUCAGGCAUCAACUCGACACCGCGCUACGUCUGGCCUAUCGUCGUAGUCGCGAUCGGCAAGCGUAUCUUCCAGAUGAUAGCAGACACGGGCACGAGCUUUGUCAUCAACGGCGUCAUCAUGGGAUGGGUUGUUCUCGUCUUGAUUCAAUGCUGCAAUGUGUUGAUCGUUAGGAAGCUUGACUCUGAUGAGUUGGUUCGAGGCAACAUUUUUCGACUUUCUGAUGGGUUUCUCGACAAGUUUUAUUUCACAAUGCGGCUGUUGUUUAAUUUGCGAAAUGUUGGGAAUCCGUGGGAGGUCAAACGCCUUCACAAAUUUCCAAGCUACUACAAAGGGCCAAAGCCGAGUCGAAGCGCGUACAUUACACGACAGGUCCUCAUCAUGGCGUGGCAAUACCUCCUACUCGAUAUUAUCUACAUGUCCUCCUUGGAGACACCACCAGAAGAUGCCCAGAGACUCUUUGGUCCUGGUACAGAGUUCAACUAUCUCAAUGCCACUGCUGAGCAAUGGGGAGGACGUGUCGCUGUUGGGCCUGUGGCAGGGCUUGCACCGGCUCGAGUGUCCAUCGAUAUUCCCUACCGAGGCUUCUCUAUCCUCUCUGUUCUCCUUGGAAUUACUUCUACGGAUCAAUGGCCGCCUCUGUUUGGAAGUAUGUGGGAUGCAUACACCAUCCGUGGCUUCUGGAACACCUUUUGGCAUCAGGACUGCCUAUGGCCUAUGAAAUCACUCAGCAACUAUAUUUGCCGAGACCUGCUAGGUCUUCCACGACCUUCAUUCAUCGAGCGCUACCUGAACAUUCUCAUCGUGUUCCUGGCCUCUGGGGCUAUGCACCUCACCAUCGACCUGUUUUCCUACAAGCCCCCAUCCAAAGCACCUACGCUUGCCUUUUUCGGCUCCAUGGCUUUAGCCAUCAUGUUGGAGGACGCAGUUCAAGAUCUAUGCCGUCGGAUCACCGGCGUUGAUACGCGGAAGAAGGAUGUCAAGGUUCCCUUGUGGCAUAGACUUGUGGGUUACGUUUGGGUUAUCACCUGGAUGACCUUGACGGCUCCUUGGUAUCUGGCCCAUGCCGCUCAACUACCGGCAGAGACAAAAUGGCUUGUACCUUUCAGUUUGGUCAGUCAGAUUGGGCUUCCAGCAGCAGGUGCCUUGUUGGGUGUGAGCGGCUUGAUCUUGAAGUAUGCGAUUGGGGGUGAGGUUUAG